GACAUGCGAGCAACACUGCUGCUGCUGCUGCUCCUGCUGCUGCUGCUGGUGGUUGUGAUAGCACAAGGAUUACAGGUGCUGAUAACGCUGCUGGUGCUAGUGGUGGUGAUGGUGGUGGUAGUGGCAACGCAAACAUUACACCUGUAGAUUCGGGCAACACUGAUGCCAAAGGUUCUAGUGAUGCCUGUGAGGGAAACCCGGCUAUUGGUAAUGUGGAGAGUAGAAACCUCAACUCUGGUGGUGACAGGGGCAUUAGAGACGUGAAUUGUGGCGGCAGUGGCAUCAGAGGCGCGGAUUUUCCUGUCCAAGGCAUGAAAGACCUCGGUUCUGCCGGUCAGGGCACCAGAAUUGUCAAUUCUGACGACCAACAGGUCAGAGUCGUCAAUUCUGCCGACCAGGGCGACAGAGACGCAGAUUCUGCCACCCAGGAGGGUAGAGGUGCAGAUUCUCUGGACCGGACAGGGGUGGGUAGGUGGAAUGAGGUGGUGAAGUCUCCCGAAGCGCCUGAAAAGACAGAUUCUCUGGACCGGACAGGGGUGGGUAGGUGGAAUGAGGUGGUGAAGUCUCCUGAAGCGCCUGAAAAGACAGAUUCUCUGGACUGGACAGGUGCGGGUAAGAGGGCUGAUGUGAAGCCUUUUGAGGCGCUUGAAAAGGCGGAUCCUUUGGCUUGGACUGCAGCAGGUAGGUGGGCGGAGGUGCAGUGGAAUGCAGAGGAGGAGAGGUGCCUUCUUGCUGCUGCAGAGGAGUUGGAUGGAAAUUUUGGGGGGGAAUUGAGUGGGGGUUUAGGAGAGGGUUUGGAUGGGAAUUUGGACGGGGGUUUGGGAGGGUUUGUGGGUCAAGAUUUAGGGGAUUUCGGUUUUGCGGAGGCGGAUUUUCUUGACUUGCUGUGGACAGAUGUGGUUGUUCCGGUUGUGGCUGUGGGGGAAUUGGCGGACGUGCAGGGGAGAACGGGGAAGGGCAUGGGAAGGAACACGCGGGGUUGGAGGGAGGGGAAGCUGAAAGAGGAGGGCGGGGAGAAGAGGGAAGUGCGUCAUUGGGACGAGGAGGAGAGGGAGGAGGAGGAGGAAAAGCAAGGGGAAGAGGAAAUGAGAGGGGAGGAGCAAGACGAAGGGGAAGAGCAGAAGGGAGGGCAUGGAGGAGAGAAGGAGGCGAGGAAGAGAGAUAGGGAAGAGGAGCAAGGGGAGACAAGGAAGGGAGGGCAGCUAGAGGAGGAGAGGGAGAGGGAAGAGGAGCAAGAGGAGGGGGAGACGGACGAGGGGCAAGAGGAGGAAAGGAGGGUUAUGGAGUUGACUGUACUAGGGGAAAAGAAGAGCGAGAAAGAGGCAGGAAGUGGGGAAGGAGAGGGUGGUGUGGGAAGAGAGGAGGAGGAGGUGGAAGGAGAAGGGGAGGAGGAGGAAGUGGAAGGAGAGGGGGAGGAGAUAAUGUGUAUGGACGAGGAUAAGGCGGAAGAGGUGGGAGAGGAGAAAGAGGAGGAGGAAGAAGGGGAAAAAGAGGAGGUUGAAGAGGAGGUUGAAGAGGAGGAACUGAAUGAGGAGAUGGAGGAGUUUGAGAAGAAGGAAGAGGGGAUGGAGGAGGAAGAGGAGGAGGAUGAGGAGGUGGAGGAAGAGGAGACGCAGAAAGAGGAAGAGGUUACUGACUUCGCAUCAGCUGAUGACGUGGCAGUUGCUGAGAAACGUGGUGAUGACGUGGAUGCUCUUAGCAGUGAGGAUGAUGACGUGGUGGAGGUCCCAUUGGAUCAGGAACAGGAGCUGACGUGGCCUCUUGGUGGGAAUGUUAAUCUAGGUGUUGCUAAUGGUAGUAGUGAUGCUGCUGCUCCGGAGAAUGGAAGUGCUGCUGGUGAAGCAGGAGAGGGAGACGCAGCAGAACGGGUGGCCGCAGAACGAGAAGCAGCAGAAAGAGAGGCAGUAGAAAGGGAGGCAGUAGAAAGGGAGGCAGCAGAAAGGGAGGCAGUAGAAAGGGAGGCAGCAGGAAGGGAGGCAGCAGAAAGAGAAGUGGCAGAAAAAGAAGCAGCAGAGAGAGAGGCAGCAGAAAGGGAGGCAGCAGAAAGGGAGGCAGCAGAAAGAGAAGUGGCAGAAAAAGAAGCAGCAGAGAGAGAGGCAGCAGAGGAACGAGCACGAGAAGAAGCAGAGGGAGCAGAGGGGGCAGAAGGGGCAGAGGGGGCAGAGACAGCAGAAAUGGCAAAGGCAGGCGAGGAGGCAGAGCGGACAGAAGGGAGAGAAGGGAGAGAGGGGGCAGUGACAGCAGAAAUGGCAAAGGCAGGAGAGAAGGCAGAGGGGGCAGAAGGGAGAGAGGGGGCAAAACGGGCAGAACGGGCAGAGGGGGCAGAGGCAGCAGAGGCGGCAGAGGUAACAGAAGAGGUAGACGCAGAGGAGACAGGGGCAGCAGACGCUGGCAUGGCAGCACAAGGAACAAGCGUGGAGGAUUCUCGUAAGUCGGAGGCUGCCUUUCCUUUGCCCUUGCCGUUGUCAACUUCGGAAUCCCACCACAAGGCACCUGUGACUCACAAUCAAGUCUUCGAAUCCCACAAGCCGCCUGUUGCUUCAGACCAGAGAUGCUCAGCAGCUGACUUAGAACCUCAGUCUCCCAACAAGCCACCUGUGGUCUUUCAGCACCACCAGCAGGAAAGCACAGCUUUUGCUGAGCCGACCCAACAGCAGGUUCCAGAAUCUCAGUCUCACUACGAGCCACCUCAGACCUUUCAGCACCAGCAGGAAUUCCCAACUGUGGUAGCUGCUCCGGUCGCUUGUUAUCCAGGUUACAGUGUUACCAACCGGAUGUAUCACCUGCAAUCGAUGGUGCCGGCGGGUGAGGGUACUGAGGCGAGGCCAGCUGAUGUGACACUCCCUGGGUCAGAUGUUGCCAGCAGAGCAGCUGACGUGGCGAGCAGAGCUGCUGACGUGGCAAUAUCUGAGGCUGACAUGGUUGACAGGGCAGGGACCCUUGCCCCCUCUUCCCUCCCUACUUCCCUUCCCGCCUCCUUCCCGUCUGCACUCAAGGCAUCUUUUCCUUCCUCUGUUCCACCCUCCCUCCCGUCUUCCUCGUCGCUACCCUCCUCUCUUCCCUCCUCUUUUCCGUCCUCACUCCCCUCCUCGCUCCCACCCUCUGCUCCCGCCUCUCUUCCCUCCUCGCUCCCCUCCUCGCUUCCACCCUCGCUUCCCUCCUCUUUCCCCUCCUCCUCCCCUACCGCCUCUCCUCCUUUCUCCCCGCCUCCCCUAUCCCACACCCCUGUGGAUGUCUUCUCGUUUUACAAAGCGUGGGCGCAGCGUAAUGACCCUGGCACUUACCUAAGUGCGAGUGCGGCAGUGGGGGAAAUGCAGGUAACGGAAAGGGGAGCUGGGAAGGAGGUAGAGGAGGGGACAGCUGUAGGCAGUCCGAUGAGAGAAUGGGAGAAGCAGGAGGAAGAGAAAGAGGAGAAGCAGGAGGAGAAGGAGAAGGAGGAGAAGAAGGAGGAGGUGGAGCAUGUGGAGGAGGAGAAUGUGGAGGAGAUGGAGGCGGAAAGGGACGGGCAGAAACAGCAGGAGGUACAUUUGGAGCGACAGGAGGAGGUGAAGAAACAUGAGCAAGAGGAUCAACAGGAGCGACAGGAGGAGGUAAAGAAACAUGAGCAAGAGGAUCGACAGGAGCGACAGGAGGAGGUAAAGAAACAUGAGCAAGAGGAUCGACAGGAGCGACAGGAGGAGGAGGUAGAGAAGCAGGAGCAAGAAGAGGAAGUGAAGGUUCAAGAGCAGCAGCAGGAGAAGCAAGAGGAAGGGACAGGGGAGGAGCUGCAGGAGCAGCUGCAAGAUGAGCAGCAGGAGGAAGAAGGACAAAAGCUGCAGCAGGAACUUGAGGGGCGGCAUGAGGAGGAACAGGAGGGAGAGGAGGAGCAGGAUGGAGAGGGAGAGCAGCAGAGCCUGGAUCAGCAGGAGGUGCAGGAGGAGCAGGAGAAGCAGGAGGAGCAGCAGAGGCAGGAGGAGCAGGCAAACGUGCAGCAGCAGCAGCAGCAGCAGCAGCAGGAGGAGGAGGAGGCUCAGGGUGAGCAGAUUCAGGCAGGGCAACAAGAGGAGAUGGGGGAAGAGGAGGCAGAGGAAAGGGAGGAGAUGGAGGAGGAGGAAGAGGAAGAAGAAGAGGAGGAGGAGGCAGAAGUUCUAGAUGUGGAUUGGGUUGGAUAUGAGGAGGUGUGGGAGGGGAGGGGCGGGCGGACAAGUGUUAAGCCAGGGGGGGAGAGAGAGGAGGAGAGUGAGGGUGGGGAUCUAGACGAGGAAGGGGAUGGGGGGGAGGGGGGAGGAGAGGAGGAGGAAGAGGAGGAUGUUGCGAGUGGGACUAUCAGAGAAGGGCUUUUAGAAGGUUCAGGGUUUAUGGAAGGAGUAGGGUUUGUGGAGGAGCUAGGGGGUGCGUUUGAAGCUCCCAAGACCCCUCAAGCGGAUGACGAGAGUGGUGAAGUGCGGGAUUGGAAGAGAGGGAAACAUGGGGAGGAGGAGGAGGAGGAGGAGGAGGAGGAGGAGGAGGAGGAGGAGGAGGAGGAGGAAGAGGAGGAGGAGGAGGAGGAGGAGGGGAAAGCAAGAGGAGCAGCAAAAGGAGGAACAAGAGCAGCACUGAUGGAAGGGGCACCUGAGGUGGCAACAGCUGACGUGGCAGCAGCUGACGUGACAGCUGAUGUCGUAGUUGAUGUGGCACCUGACGUGGCGGCUGAUGUAGUAGCUGACGUGGCGGCACACAUAGCAACAACUGCAGUGGUCGAAAUUGCGGCAGAAACGGAAGUGGAAGCAGUAGCAGAAGCUGAAGCUGAAUUUGCUGCAGGGGAAGAAGUAGGUGCGGAGUUAGAAGGACAAGUAUGUGCAGAAGCAGCAGAACUAGCGGUUAGAACAGAUUUUGAGUCGGAAGUAGCAGCAACAGAAGAAGAGCUAGAAGCAGAAGUAGAAGCAGGAGUAGAGCUGGAAAUAGUGAUAGAAGCAGAAGCAGGAGAAGUAGAAGCAGGAACAAAAUUGGCAACAGAGUUAGCAAUGGCUGCAGACGUUGAAGCAGAAGCAGAGACAGAGGUGGAGGCGGCUGCAGAAGAAGCUUCUUUUCAAGGAGAAGCAGAAUUUGAGGCAGAGGUAGCAGCAGGAGCUGAGGCUGAAGCAGAAAUGAAAAUGGAGAGAGGAGAGGGCGGAGCAGCAGAAGCAGAAGAAGCUGACUUAGCAGCAGACGAGGUAGCUAUGCUUGAAGGAUACGCUGGGGCAGAGGGAGCAGAGGAGAAUGAGGUAGCAGGGGAGGAGGUAGAGAAAGGAGGAGAGGAAGCGGAGGGAGGAAAAGAGGAGGUGGAGGUAGGAGGAGAGGAGGUGGAGAUAGGAGGAGAGGAGGUAGGAAGACAGGAGGUAGAGGUAGGAGCAGAGGAGGCCGGGACAGAGAUAGAGGCUGAGGCAGAGACG